AUGAGGAAACUGAGGCCUACACAGCGGGAGUGUUGUGGAGCCCAGAACACACAACCAGGCCGGCGGCGGCGGCUGCCCCGAGGGACGCGGCCCUAGGCGGUGGCGAUGGGGGCCGCCCGGAUCGCGCCCGGCCUGGCGCUCCUGCUCUGCUGCCCGGUGCUGAGCUCCGCAUAUGCGCUGGUGGAUGCGGAUGACGUCAUGACCAAGGAGGAGCAGAUCUUCCUGCUGCACCGAGCCCAGGCCCAGUGCGAGAAGCGGCUCAAGGAAGUCCAGCAGAAGCCAGCCAGCAUAAUGGAGUCAGACAAGGGAUGGACACCCACUUCCACCUCAGGGAAGCCCAGGAAAGACCAGGCGUCAGGGAAACUCUACGCAGAGUCUGAGCAGAACAAGGAGGCACCCUCUGAUGGCAGGCACCAAGGGCAUCCCUGCCUGCCGGAGUGGGACCAUAUCCUGUGCUGGCCUCUAGGGGCACCAGGUGAGGUGGUGGCCGUGCCUUGCCCCGACUACAUUUAUGACUUCAAUCACAAAGGCCAUGCCUACCGGCGCUGUGACCGCAAUGGCAGCUGGGAGCUGGUACCUGGGCACAACAGGACGUGGGCCAACUACAGCGAGUGCGUCAAGUUCCUGACCAACGAGACUCGUGAACGGGAGGUGUUUGACCGCCUGGGCAUGAUCUACACUGUGGGCUACUCCGUGUCGCUGGCCUCCCUCACCGUGGCCGUUCUCAUAUUGGCCUACUUUAGGAGGCUGCACUGCACGCGCAACUACAUCCACAUGCACCUGUUCCUGUCCUUCAUGCUGCGCGCAGUGAGCAUCUUCGUGAAGGACGCAGUGCUCUACUCCGGGGCCACGCUCGACGAGGCGGAACGCCUCACGGAGGAGGAGCUGCGCGCCAUUGCCCAGGCGCCGCCGCCGCCCACGGCCACCGCGGGCUAUGUGGGCUGCCGGGUGGCGGUGACCUUCUUCCUGUACUUCCUGGCCACCAACUACUACUGGAUCCUGGUGGAGGGGCUGUACCUGCACAGCCUCAUCUUCAUGGCCUUCUUCUCAGAGAAGAAGUACCUCUGGGGCUUCACCGUCUUCGGCUGGGGUCUCCCUGCCAUCUUCGUGGCAGUGUGGGUUGGUGUGAGAGCCACCAUGGCCAACACAGGGUGCUGGGACUUGAGCUCCGGCAACAAGAAGUGGAUCAUCCAGGUGCCCAUCCUGGCCUCCAUCGUGCUCAACUUCAUCCUCUUCAUCAACAUUGUCCGGGUGCUCGCCACCAAGCUGCGGGAGACCAACGCUGGCCGCUGUGACACGCGCCAGCAGUACCGGAAGCUGCUCAAAUCCACGCUGGUGCUCAUGCCGCUCUUUGGCGUCCACUACAUCGUCUUCAUGGCCACGCCGUACACCGAGGUCUCAGGGACGCUCUGGCAGAUCCAGAUGCACUAUGAGAUGCUCUUCAACUCCUUCCAGGGAUUCUUUGUCGCUAUCAUAUACUGUUUCUGCAAUGGCGAGGUACAAGCUGAGAUCAAGAAAUCUUGGAGCCGCUGGACGCUGGCCCUGGACUUCAAGCGCAAGGCGCGCAGUGGGAGCAGCAGCUACAGUUAUGGCCCGAUGGUGUCACACACGAGUGUGACCAACGUAGGCCCCCGUGGCGGACUCGGCCUGCCCCUCAGCCCUCGCCUUCUGCCCUCUGCCACCACCAAUGGCCACCCCCAGCUGCCCGGCCACACUAAGCCAGGGGCCCCCGCCCUGGAGACCACAGCACCUGGUGCGGCUGUGCCCAAGGACAACGGGUUUCUCAAUGGCUCCUGCUUAGGACUGGACGAGGAGGCCUCCGGACCCGAGCGGCCGCCCGCCCUGCUGCAAGAGGAAUGGGAGACAGUCAUGUGACAGAGACCUGGGGCCCGGACCUACGGACACAAGUGUGACGGACAGAUGGACCAAGACAUGAGUGCUUGAUGGUUGCCUGCUCAGGGCUGGGGCUUGGAGGAAAAAGUGGAAGGAAAAAAAAGGGAAAAG